AUGGAGUACUCACUCGCAAUACCAGCCUUUAACCACAUCUCAUCGAAAGUCCAGUCAUACCUGCCGUCCAUCAAAAUGAAGACUGACAAUUACCUUAACCUCUGCCUCGAGCAGGCCGCUAAGUCGCCUUUGCGCUACCGCCAUGGGGCCAUCAUAGUCCGCGGCGGUAAGGUCAUUGGUCAGGGCUACAAUGAUCAUCGCUCUGGCUUCGACGGUGGUGCCCUGAAGACCGGGCGCCUCCCACUGCGCUCCUCGGCUAAGCCAGAGCUAGGUAUACCGGAAGGCCAUAUGAAUAAGACGUUUACGCCGUUUGAAAGCAUGGGUGGGGGAGGAAAGCUCGCCAACACUCCGUUAUCUAUGCAUAGCGAGAUGAUGGCGAUUCACUCUGCUCUCUCGGCUUCCAGCACGCUGGCUUCUAGCGCGGUGUCCUCCCAAAAACCGUGCUUUAAACUAUCAGGUGAUUCUAAACGAAAGUCACGACUACGAAGGGAAGCAAUCAACUCUCCACCGCGGCCUCUGGCUGUGCCCAGUCUGGUGUUCAAGAGUGGCGAUUUGAAUCCUCUGCAUCUGGAUCGCGCGAGACUGAAUUUUGUGUUUCACGACCAGGAGAAGAACGAGAACGUGGCCUUAUCGGAAGCGAACAGUACGGAGAAACACCGCCUGAAGAACGGGAAGAAUCAUCAUCAUCACAAGCUUGGCAACAAGUCCAACAAUGGACAACACGAACACAGUGGUCGACAACAUGCGCGUAGGCAGACCAUCGUAGCCCCAUGCUACAAUCAGUCUCCAACGUCGAGCGCUUCUGAAUCGUCUUCGUCGCCGGAAGUGUCAUCCAAUAAGCGUGAUAAAGCAGGAAAGAAUGAAAGACAGAAUCCCCAAAUCGCCAGGAUUCAGCCAAUGCUCAUGCCGAAGGGACAGACUGGACAGAGCUCUCGCAAUCUCAAAGACAGGACCAAGAGCCCACGUUUGAAUGGAGCCGAUCUGUACGUCGUAAGACUGGGCUGGCAAUGUGCGCCGAAGGUGUGCUGCGAAGAUCCAGACGAAGACGCUGCGACGCUACCUCCAUCGCGCCCUGCCACAGGUUCGUUACACGACGAGCUCACCAGUCCAGAGCCUGCGAGACCAGCACGCACCAAGCACCCGCCGCCUCCAAAAAAGGACGAGAAGCGACCCACCGUCCUAGCUUCCCGACCCUGCUACCGAUGCAUUUCCUACAUGGCGUCUGUGGGCAUCAAACGCGUUUUCUGGACCGAUGACAGGGGAGGCUGGGAGGGCGCGAAGGUGCGUGAUCUGGUCGAUGCGCUUGACAACAUGGGAUCGCAGUCGCCCACUGAUGCAUCGGUGGGACUUAACAGCGUCUUCGUCACAAAGCACGAGGUUCUGAUGCUGCGCAGGAUGAUGGGGGACAGCUAA